AUGUGUGUAAGAACAUUGUACCAAAGCGAUGUUAACACCGCUGUAGGUCGUGGGGUGAUGCCAAGCGUCAAGUUGGCGCUGGACCACGUCAACGAGCACGACUCCGUGCUCCGCAACUACCGCUUGCACAUGUGGUGGAACGACACUGAGUGCAAUGCAGCUGUUGGCGUGAAGUCUUUCUUCGACAUGAUGCACAGCGGUCCACACAAGUUGAUGCUGUUCGGCGCCGCUUGCACCCACGUCACCGAUCCCAUCGCGAAGGCAUCCAAACACUGGCACCUUACUCAGCUGUCAUAUGCCGACACCCAUCCGAUGUUCACCAAGGAAGCGUUUCCAAACUUCUUCCGUAUCGUGCCCUCGGAGAACGCUUUCAAUUUGCCCCGUAUCAGAGUGCUGCAGCACUUCAACUGGACGAGAGUGGGAACCAUCUACCAGAACGAACCGAGAUAUGCUUUGGCUCAUAACCGUCUGCUGGCAGACCUGGAUGUGCAUGGCUUCGAAAUAGACGAGACGCAGAGUUUCGCAACAGAAGUCAGAAGUGCGCUGGCCAAACUCAAGGAGAGAGACAUCCGAAUAAUCCUCGGAAACUUUAACGAGACUUGGGCAAUGAGAAUAUUCUGCGAGGCUUACAAGUAA